CCCAAAUCACCGGUCGCCAAACUCUCCGACUCCAUUCUCGCCAAGACGCCAACCUGCGUCUAAAAUCCCCAAGGCCCCAACCAUAAAGGCACAAACCACCAGUCCCACCAGCGCACUUGAGGUCUUGAGGAGUUCUCACGAAAAAAUUGGACGCUGGCACCGUGGCACGCUGCUCUGGACUGAAGCCGUGAACUCGUGAAGGAUGGAAGGAGGACGAAGAAGGACUGAGCGCUGACCUCCUCCACCAAGCGCCAGCUCCAGCCGCCAGGCCGCCACUGCCCCACCGCAACCCGCCUCCCUGAGUCUGCCAUAACCCUCUUCGCAGCCAUGGCCAAAGGUCCUGGUCUUUACUCUGAUAUCGGCAAGAAGGCCCGUGAUCUUCUGAACAGGGAUUUCCAGACGGACCAAAAGUUCACCAUCACUACCUACUCUCCUACGGGUGUUGCCAUUACUUCAUCUGGGUCAAAGAAAGGAGAUCUAUUUUUGGGUGAUGUCACCACCCAGUUGAAGAACAAGAACAUUACCACUGAAUUCAAAGUGGACACCAAGUCCAAUCUUUUUACAACUAUCACUGUUGUUGAAGCAGCUCCUGGAUUGAAAAGCAUUGUGAACUUCAGACUCCCUGAUCAAAGAUCUGGUAAGGUUGAACUUCAAUAUUUACAUGACCUUGCUGGCAUAAGCACUAGUGUUGGUUUAACAGCAAGCCCAGUAGUAAACUUUUUUGAAAAUAUGUUGGGUAUGAAGUUGUCAUUCCAAAUUCCAAGGUAAGUUUAACUUCAUUAAAUUCAACAAUUCGUUCAAAUUUCUAAGAAAACAAUUUACUCCCAUGACCUCUUAUGUGAUGAUUAUAAAUAAGGGUGAAAAUCAUUUUUUGUCGCAUAUUGGACUUUGAUUAAAAAACAAUGUUUAUGGUUACGUACUGUCAGCCUUAUGUUGAAGUAUCAAAAGUAACAAGUCGCAAGAAUUUGAAAAUAUUUAUUUGUGGUGAAGAUUAGAAACAAAUAGACAAUUACUAUCAAUAUUGUUUACAAGGAAAAAGUGUUUCCAAAUGUAGUAUUCAGAAAUCUUAUUGUAAUAUUUUUUUUCCUUUUAUUCCAAAAUAUAAUUUAUAGCAAUUAUAAGUUAUAAUUCAUAUAUAUCUUUUCCUUAAUUAUAAUUAUUUAUGUGCUGUACAUCUGUAUUGUUUGCAUUCACUUACACAUUAACUAAUAAUGUAAACAAAUAAUAUAAUAGAGCCAUUACUUAAUAUAUGUCUUGUGCAUCACACACGUGAGAAUCUAAUUGCUUACCAAAGGAGCACAAAGUUGCCAAGUAAUUACAACAUUGCCAAUUUUUAAAUGUCAAAAGUAACUAGCGGCUGAGGAUCCCACACACUAAUUAAUCUCUUAUAUGUGAAGCACUAUACGAUCCGAUGGAGUCUUCAUGGAUCCCAAAACAUUGAUCACAUGAAACAAAGAGUACAUACCAAUAAUAUGUCCUCGCCGAUCAAAUAAUGGCAUCCCUUGCGCACCAAAUGUACUCUCACCAUGCACAUUAUUCACUUGGACAAGUGAAAUUGAACUCCCCAAGCACACCACGGAAAUGUAGGGCAUCACCACAAAAGACAGAGGAGGCAUUGCGAUCCGAGAAAACUUUCUCUUUUUUUCUCUUUUUCCAAUGAUAGCUUCAACUCUUUCAAGGGAUUUUUCGAUGGUUUUAGGACUUUGCCAUAACUUCUACAUGGAUAUGAAAUUUGCCCAAUUGGAGAAGAAUUGAGCAAAUACCUCGAUGACCAAUGGGGUAAAUUUCUUCACCAAUUCUGAGAUCUUCCCGAUCAGAAAUUCUAGCAUAAGGAAACAUGAAUGCUGUCGAGUUUGAUACACCAAUUUUUAGAAUGACUAAGUCAUAAGUGGGAUCCAACGCCAACAUAGUGCAACCAUAUCUUUCUUUAGCAGCAGUAACGAUUUGAACUCUAGCUUAAACGUCAUUCAUGAGUAUGUGAGACAAGGUCAAGACAUGCCUUUCUGGGGAAACGAUUACACCUGCACCUUCGCAAUCAAAUUCAUUAUGUUCUGAUGAAUACACACACAACCACAACAACCACUUCCAUUUUUUUGUAGAACUCUUCUCUUUGCUCUUGUGACAAAUUCCCACAAACUACUUUUGGAAACUUUAUGUCUUUUGCCCCUUCUAUAUCUUCUAGCAAGCUAGAGAGUAGCCAUCUGCCAGGAUUUAAGACAUUAAUAUUCAAUAAUCAUCUAUCAUCUAUCAUUAUAUAAAAUCAAAAUGAUUUCUCAGUAGUACUCCUAUCCAGUUAAGCAUGUAACAAAUGAAAAAAUAAAAAAUAAAAAGCAGCUUGGAACAAUUCCCAUUAAAAAUGAAAAAUGAAAAAUAAAGACUAUUCAGUGACGCAAAUAUCUCAUCAAAAGAGGAGUACAAUAAGGAAUGGACAAUACACAUGAGAUGAUUUCUCCAUAAAACUGUUAGCAAACUAACUAAAAACAACAUUUAGCCCAGUAGCUUACUUACUAUUUUAAUUGUUCACAAAAUGUCAAUUCAGAGAGCAAAUAUUUCCAGCUAUAUCUCGAAUAAAUGCUUGAAAAUAGAAAACCAGCUGACAUUGUAUUUCGAUCCCUUUGCAAAGUUCACCUCUGCUAUACAACUAUAAGCUGUCUCUCAUUUCUGGCCAGUUCUCACAAAUCAUAAAAGUACUGCCAAACAUGUUGAAAAUCAAGAUAUCCAAGAAUACAAAUCAUUUUCAAGUUUGUAACAAACCUUUAUUGUUUAAAACUUGAAAAUCAUUUGUAUUCUUGGAUAUCAUGAUUUUCAACAUGUUUGACAAUACUUUGAUGAUUUGUGAGAAAUGGCCAGAAAUGAGAGACGAUUUACAGUUGUAUAGCAGAGGUGAACUUUGCAAAUGAAUCGAAAUACAAUGUCAAUUGAUUUUGUAUUUUCAAGCAUUUAUUCGAGAUAUAGCUGGAAAUAUUUGCUCUCUAAAUUGACAUGUAAUGGACAAUUAAAAUGGUAAGUAGGUUACUGGACUGAAUGUUGUUUAUAGUUAGUUUGCGAAUAGUUUCAUGUAGAAAUCAUCUCAUGGUGUAAUGUCCAUUACUAGUUGUACUUCUCUUUUGGCGAGAUAUCUGCAUCACUGAACAAUCUUUUUAUUUUUCAGUUUUAAUGGGAAUUGUUCCAUGCUGCUUAGGUCUAUGUUCUUGUUGCGUGCUUAACUGGGCAGAAGUACUACUGAGAAGUCCUUUUGAUUUUAUAUAAUGAUUAUUGAAUGCUAAUGUCUUGAAUCUUGGAAGAUAGAUACUCUAUAGCUUGCUAGAAGAUAUGGAAGGGCCAAAAGAGGUAAAGUUUCCAAAAGUACAUUGUGGGAAGUUGUCACAAGAGCAAAGAAAAGAAUUCUACAAAAAAAUGGAAGUGGUUGUUGUGGCAAUGAAUGUGUAUUCAUCAGAACAUAAUGAAUUUGAUUGUGAAGAUGCAAGUGUAAUCAUUUCUUGAGAAGGGUAUGUCAUGCUCAUAAAUGACGUUCAAGAUAGAGUGCAAAUCGUUAUUGAUGCUAAACAAAGAUAUGGUUGCACUAUUUUGGCGUUGGAUCCCACUUAUGGCUUAGCCAUUCUGAAAAUUGGCGUAUCAAACUCGACAUCAUUCAUGUCUUCUUAUGCUAGAAUUUCUGAUCGGGAAGAUCUCAGAUUUGGUGAAGAAAUUUACCCCGUGGCCAUUCAGGGUAUUUAUUCAAUUCUUUUUCAAUUGGGCAAAUUUCAAUCCAUGUAAAAGCUAUGACAAAGUACUAAAACCAUUGAAAAAUCCUUUGAAAAAGUUAACUAUCAUUGCCUCAUUGGAAAAAGAAGGGAAGGUAUUCUCGUGAUCGCAGUGCCUCCUCUGUUUGUUGUGGUGAUGCCUUACAUUUCCGUGAUGUGCUUAUACAUUUCCAUGAUGUGCUUAAGAGUUCAAUUGUCAAGUGAAUAACGUGCAUGGUGAUCGUCUAUUUGUUUCUAAUCUUCACCGCAAAUAAAUAUUUUCAAUUUCUUGUGGCUUGUUACUUUUGAUACUUCAACAUAAGGCUGAUCGUACGUAAUCAUAAUCACUUUUUUUUUAUCUUCGUCCAAUGUGCGACAAAAAAUGAUUUUCACUCUUAGAAAUUUGAAUGAAUUGUUGAAUCUAAUGAAGUUAAACUUACCGUGGAAUUUAGAAUGACAACUUCAUAUCCUUCAUCGUUGGCAUGGCGUUGCAGAUGCUUCAUCAACUUCCUAUCAUAACCUUUUAGUAUUUCUUGUCGGGAAGUUGAACAAAACAGUAUUUCUCCAAAUGUGAGUCACUACGGGGCGAUAAGAGAUCCCCCCAAUUAUAUCUUUUCCCCUCAUGAUAACCAUACUUUUGUACUCUUCACUCACGAUAAUGUUCUCAAUGUAGGACGUAGGAAUAUUAGACAGUUGCUCUUCAAAAACGCUCUGUAGCCCACGUCGCCUGAUCGAAGAAUAUACAAACACGCAUAUACAUACAGAUUACAGAGUAUACAAACAUGCACAACUAGUUGCUAGCAUCUUUUAUACAUCCAGAAUUGAACGAAUUGAAUAAUAACUAUACCAAUCCAAAUGCGAAACCAAAUCCUGUAGUGACAAACAAGCCACCUUAAGACUCUCUUCACCUGCAGCGCUCCCUUCAUGCAUAUAUGCACACAUACGGUUUAAUGGUUUUUCAACUUUUAUUAACCAGAAAUAUAUCGAGAUAUUACGUAUAGGCCAUCCGGACGAUCGAUGACUCGAAUAAGUUCUUAUUGCAAUGUGCGUUCAAGUGUCCAACUACUGAAUACGGAGUAGAAUAUAAAUUAAAUCAUAGACGACGACUAUUACAUACCCCAUGAUCAUUAAUCAACAUCUCUUCUAGCUGGGAGGGAACCCCAUCUGUGCCC